AGCUUCCAUUGGCUGGCGGGUCCCGGUGCGCGGCGAUUGGCGGAGGUGGGGUGACGCAGGGCGGCGUGCUGCGUGCGGCGUGCGGCGGCCAUGGGGAAGAAGGGGAAGACGGGCAAGGCCCGGCGGGACAAGUUCUACCACCUGGCCAAGGAGACCGGUUACAGAUCCCGGUCGGCCUUCAAACUGAUUCAGCUGAACCGGAAGUUCCAGUUCCUGCAGAGAGCGCGGGCUGUGAUCGACCUCUGCGCAGCCCCCGGAGGCUGGCUGCAAGUGGCUUCCAAGUUUAUGCCGGUAUCGAGUCUGAUUAUUGGUGUUGAUCUUGUCCCAAUUAAACCCAUUCCCAGUGUUGUUACGCUUCAGGAGGACAUCACAACCGAGAAAUGCCGACAGGCUCUGAGGAAGGAGCUGCAGACGUGGAAGGUGGACGUGGUCCUCAACGACGGGGCUCCCAAUGUCGGCUCCAACUGGCUCCACGACGCUUUCUCCCAAGCCCAGCUGACGCUGAUGGCGCUGAAGCUGGCCGCCGAGUUCCUGGCCCGGGGCGGCUGGUUCAUCACCAAGGUGUUCCGCUCCAGGGACUACCAGCCGCUGCUCUGGGUCCUGCGCCAGCUCUUCCGCAGCGUGCAUUCCACCAAGCCCCAGGCGUCCCGCAAUGAGUCGGCCGAGAUCUUCGUCGUCUGCCAGGGAUACACGGCCCCCGACAAGAUCGACAGCAAGUUCUUCGACCCCAAGCACGCCUUCAAGGAGGUGGAGGUGCAGGCCAAGAGCGUCAGUGACCUGGUCUCCAGCAAAAAACCCAAGGUACGGGGGUCCGGGGUCAAGACGGGGGAGUGGGGGGGAACGCCAGGGAGCGGCAAACAGAGAUAA